CUCGGUGUCAGUCUGGGCCGGACUUGAGGCGGCUCCAUGUUGUUGAGGUUUCUGCGCCGGGCGGCGGCGGCGGCCGCCUUCCUGAGCCGCCCUGUCCCCCUGUGUCACCGAGUCGGGAUGGCCGCCAGUGUCCGGCUUCAGCCCGGCCCCGAGUGCCUGUUCGACGAGCCGCUCCAGGUGCGGGUGAGCGGCCUCUCCCCGCUCCAGCAGGUCACCAUGAAGGCGUGGCUCAGCGACGAGAAGGGGCAGCUUUUUCACUCCUUGGCUUUCUACAGGGCGGACGGCCAGGGGGAGCUGGACCUGGACCACUCCCCGUCCCUGGGUGGACACUACACCGGCACCCAGCCCAUGGGGCUCUUCUGGUCGCUCAGCCCCCGCACACCUUUCACUCGCCUGGUCAAGAGGGACGUGGCCACUUCUCUCGCUGUCCACAUCGAGGUGUUUGAUGGACACCGGAGCCUGGACCAGCUCCCAGUGCAGCCUUUGGCCGCCUCUAUCAAUCAACGCUGGUUUAUGAAAGCAGGGGUGAGCAGGAUCCCAGUGAGAGAGGGCAGGGUCCGAGGGACCCUCUUCAUCCCGCCUGGGGAUGGUCCAUUUCCAGGGGUUAUUGAUCUCUAUGGGUCAGUUGGUGGGAUUGUUGAGCAUCGAGCUAGUCUCUUGGCAAACCACGGAUUUCUGACACUGGCUUUAGGAUAUUUUGGGACUGAUGACCUUCCAAAAUAUGUUACGAAUCUUGAUCUGGAAUAUUUUGAAGAAGCUGUGAACUUCUUGAGACAGCAUCCAAAGGUUAACAGCCCUGGAGUUGGAGCAAUAGGAAUAUCAAAGGGGGGAGAUCUAGUCCUAUCGAUGACCACAUUUUUGCCACACGUGAUAGCAGCAGUUAGUAUUGGUGGAUGCAAUGCAAAUACUUUAGGUAACCUCCAUUACAAAAACUUCAUUCUUCCUGGCCUGGGUAUCUCUGUAGAAAAAACCAAAUUUCUAGAGUCCAAGUUGAUUGAUAUUUCCGAGGUGACAACUAACCCAAUGGAUGAAGGUAACAAAGAUUGCAUUAUUCCAAUAGAAAAGGCUGAGGGGCAUUUUCUGUUUGUGGUUGGAGAGGAUGACAAGAAUUGGAGUACUCCACUCUAUGCUCAGCAGGCUGUUGAGAAACUGAAAGAAAAUGGUAAAGACAACUAUGAACUCAUCAGUUACCCUGAGGUUGGACAUCUGCUGGAACCUCCAUAUUUUCCAUUCUGUUAUGCCUCUUUUCAUCUGUUGGUGGGACAAGCUGUGGUAUGGGGAGGCAAAAUGAAGCCACACGCAUUAGCCCAGCUAGACGUGUGGGCAAAGAUUCAGACAUUUCUACAAAAGCAUCUCAAACAUCAGAGCAAGCUGUGAAACUAUUCAAUGUUUCUAAAACUGGGGGAUAAAUUGCAUUCUUUCAGAAUUAAUUAACAUAUUCCAAGUUAAUUUGUCAUAAACUAGCGUAACAAUCUAUCUCCAUUUGUAUAUAAUUGUAAUUUACUCAGAAUUUGAAUGUGCAGAAACUUGUAAUUUGCUCUUCCAAAGCAAUGUUCUACCUGCCAAUUACAUUUUAGUAAAAAUGCUUUGCUGUACAAUAUUUUAAUAGGGAGAGAAUAUUUUUCAAUUAAAUGUAAAAUUUUCUGCA